UUCAAGAAUUGCGUGGGCUGUGGUAAAUUAAUAUAUUAUAAAUAAAAUAAAAUAAAAUAAAAUAAAAUUGUGAUAACAAUUUUAGUCUAUAAAUAUAAUCUAAUGGGUGCAAUUGUUGUUGUUUAGAGUUUAGAGUAAUUGUAGUUUAUAAUUAAAUAAACAACAACAAUAACAAUAGAAUUAGUAUAAUCCUGCGUUUAAACGUAACACAAGGAUCACACACGGACUGGCUUGUACUAGUGUCACCGCCCAUAUGUCAUGUGUCCUAGUGAAUGAGUAAUCAUGUACUGUCAAGACAAGGGAUCAGCAACUUCUAAGGGUAAAGAGGGUGGUACCGUGACAAUGAGAGACAAAAAAAAUGGUGCACUUAGCAGAGUACAGAAGUUAAAAAAACGACUGAGCCACAGUUUUGGUCGAUUGUCAAUAUCAAAAGAAGAGGCGGAAGACGUAGCCAAUAGAGGGCCACUUCCGUACAAUGGAUUCUCGGAAGAAUUUUUGGAUCGUUUGGAGCGAAAUGGUAAUGUUUCUGGCGACAAAGAUCGCCGUUACGCAAAAUCAAUUACUUUAACAUCUAUAUCACAUGUCUCAGAAUGGUCAGGCGUUGGCGAUCAUGAAAGAGUUCAUCGGCAGCUAUCAGUAUCCAGUGAUUCAAAACUACUUGAUGAGGAUAUACGAGAAGAAGCAAGAGUUAUUCUGAGACCACGUCGACCACCUCGACCUAAGUCUGAAGUAUUUUUGGGACCCGAUCCUGGACCAAGACGAACUAAGAGAUUUUCUGCAUUUGGAGGAGACUCGCCUUUUGGUAAAUCCGAAGGGUACAUAAAGCUGGAACAGUUGGGUGAGGGUUCCUACGCGACGGUAUUCAAAGGAUACAGCCACCUCGCAGAGCAAGUAGUCGCGUUGAAGGAGAUUCGACUCCAAGAGGAGGAAGGAGCACCAUUUACUGCCAUCCGCGAAGCAAGCUUACUAAAAGAGCUUAAACACAGCAAUAUAGUUACGUUACACGACAUUAUUCAUACUCGAGAAACACUUACUUUUGUGUUUGAGUACGUUCAUACUGAUCUCUCUCAGUAUAUGGCCAAGUACGGCAGCGGUGGCUUAGAUCCUCGAAAUGUCAGGCUCUUUCUCUUCCAGCUUUUACGCGGAUUGGCUUAUUGUCAUCGCAGAAAAGUGUUACAUCGUGACGUUAAACCUCAAAAUCUUUUAAUUAGUGAAUUAGGAGAAUUAAAGCUCGCUGAUUUUGGAUUAGCGCGAGCUAAGUCUGUUCCAUCACAUACAUAUUCACACGAAGUAGUGACACUGUGGUACAGGCCACCAGACGUACUUCUCGGGUCAACAGAAUAUUCAACUUCACUAGAUAUGUGGGGCGUGGGAUGUAUAUUUGUUGAGAUGCUCACAGGUGUACCGACAUUUCCGGGUGUGCGAUGUACCUAUGAUCAGCUCGAUAAAAUAUUCAAAAUAUUGGGAACGCCGACAGAAGAGACAUGGCCUGGAGUAACGCGGCUCCCUGGCUAUAAACCUCAUCGACUGGCAUUUUAUCCAAUUCGUAAACUCGGUCUCUCUUUCCCGAAACUUUACGAUGUCGCUCAGGGGGAUAUUAUGGCGUCUUCACUAUUACAACUCAAUCCAGACGAGCGAAUAGACGCUGAAGAAGCACUCAGACAUCCGUAUUUUACGUCUUUACCUAGAAAAUUAUACGAGUUGCCGGAUGAGGUCUCGAUAUUCUCAGUAGAAGGUAUUUAUCUUCACACUGAAACCGGAGAUACGUACAUGGACUCACGUCAUACGGCACUCAAAACUUGAGGACGAGGAUAGAUUGUUCAAAUAAUAAUUAAAAUUUUAUUAACUGUAAGAAGAUAAAAAAAA